AUGUCGGGACCACUCGAGGGCAUCAUUGUCCUCAGCGCCGACGGCCGCCCCGUCGUGCAUUCCCACUUUGCCAACCGCAUCCCCUCCUACCCGCUCCUCCACUCGGACUACUUUGCCACGCUCCUCGCCGGCAUCAACUCGGCCAACGCACAGAUCACCACCUCUUCGUCCACAGCAGCAGAUUCUGCGUUGCCCGGGCCUUCGUCCAAUCGCAUCUACUUUACCAAGGACAUCAAGCCCAUCAUCUGGGUUCCCGGAGUGCCCGACGUCAACCCGCUCGAGCUGCAAGCCGACUCGGACGACGAAGAGCAGGAUGACGAUGACUUAGAUGCGGGCGACGUGACCGCCAACCUCGGCGAGCUGUCACUGGCAAGUCAGCUGAGUGCCCGCAUCUCCGCCAGUCGCACCGGUGCUCAAGCCGCCAACACCGCAGUCGACGAUGUGAACGUCUGGGACGAGGGAGUCCCUCCAUCAAUACUAGAACAACCGUCCACAGAGCCGUCCCUCCCCAGACGGUCCACCCCGCCACCCACUUCUGCACAAGAUAGGGGCGACAGAGUCGUCGAGCACGCCGCAGAGGCACUCGCAGAGCAAGGCGCCGCGCUCAUCCACGUAGCCUCGGGUCCGUUGCGCUUUCUGUGUCCCGUGUCACGCGAGAUGGACCCGUUGGUGCCGCUCACCUUCCUGCGCUCGUUCAUCGGCAUCCUGCAGGAGUACUUCACGCAGUCGUCCGAUCCGGCGCUGCUCACCGAAGACACGCUGCGCGACAACUUUGACAUUGUCUACCAGCUCUUUGAGGAGAUCCUUGACACCGACGGCAACAUCCUUACCACCGAGGUAAACCAGCUCAAGAGCCUCGUCCUCCCGCCCAGCUGGGUCGACAAACUCGUCAAGGCCGUCGGCGUGUCUGGCCUCGCAUCUGCUGCGCCGCCGCCGCUCACAUCGCCCAUCGCUUGGCGCAGACCCAACUCCAAGUACACCAACAACGAGAUGUAUUGCGACCUCGUCGAGUCGCUCGAGGGCGUCGUCUCCCGCACGGGGCGGCCCGUGGCGCUCGACGUUUGGGCCAGCCUACAAUGCAACGCGCGGCUGUCAGGAACGCCCGACCUCUCGCUAACCUUCAACCAGCCCGAGAUGGUACAGGACGAGAGCUUCCACCCGUGCGUACGGUACCGCGUGUGGCGCAAGGAGAAGCGCCUUUCGUUUGUGCCGCCCGAUGGUCACUUUGAGCUCGCGAGCUUCAGGGUCGGCGAGCCGUAUCUUGUGACCGAGUCGAAGCAGGCGGCAGGAAAGGGUCCGACCAACGGCUGGACUCGAUCGCUACCGUUGUCUGUAUCGCACUGCAUUGCUCUGGAAAAGGGCUCUGGAACUGCGCUCAUUCAGGUGCAAGCCACGGGCGACCGCGGCGCCUCGCUCUCUUCCGGCUUCGGAUCGGCGCCGAGCGGUGCACAACGCUCGAAAGCGGAUCCACCGGGAACACUCGAAGACGUAGUGAUUACGUUUGGCCUUGGUCCGGGCGUGGUCUCGUUGGACGCGACAGCCGGCGGAGGGUCGAUGUCCAACACCUCGGAUUCCACACGCGCCGUGCUCGACCCCACGCUCACGCCGUCGGCAGGCGAUGUGUACGGAUCGUACAUCUACGACCCUAACACCAAGUUGGUCCGAUGGACCAUCCCCAAGCUUUCGCCCGCGCACCAGUCGCGUCCGUGCCUACUCAAGGUGCAGUGGACAACCUCCAACUCACGCACACCGCCCACCCACUCAUCCGCCAUCACAGUCGCAUGGUCCAACCCAACCACACCCAUCUCCAACCUCAAAGUCACCGCCAUCGAACUCACCAAUACCGCCACCCACAACUACCGACCCUUCAAAGGCGUGCGCUCCAUCUCCAAAGGCAAACUCGUCUACCGCGUCUAA